GAAAAGGAACAGGAAACCCACGAAGAACUGAAUCAGGAAGAACAGGAAACCCACGAAGAACUGAAUCAGGAGGAACAGGAAACCCUCAAAGAACUGAACAAGGAGGAACAGGACAGCCACACUCCGAGUCCCAAUUCCUGGAGCAAGAGCUCGGAAGAGGACGCGGUUCCUGCACAGAAGGCUUCAGCACCAGCACCCCGACGAUUAGGCGGCGGGAUGUCUGUGGUUGGCAUUGACCUCGGCUUUCUCAACUGCUACAUCGCUGUAGCAAGGAGUGGCGGCAUCGAGACCAUCGCCAAUGAGUACAGCGACAGGUGUACCCCGGCCUGUAUAUCUUUGGGAUCAAGAACUCGAGCUAUUGGAAAUGCAGCUAAGAGCCAGAUAGUCACGAAUGUAAGAAAUACAAUUCAUGGCUUCAAGAAGCUUCAUGGGAGAUCAUUUGAUGAUCCCAUUGUGCAGACUGAAAGGAUCAGGCUUCCUUAUGAGCUGCAGAAGAUGCCUAAUGGAAGUGCAGGAGUUAAGGUGCGUUACCUAGAAGAAGAGAGACCUUUUGCAAUUGAGCAAGUCACUGGAAUGCUGUUGGCCAAACUUAAAGAGACUUCAGAAAAUGCUUUGAAGAAACCAGUGGCCGACUGUGUGAUAUCAAUUCCUAGCUUUUUCACUGAUGCUGAGAGAAGAUCUGUGAUGGCUGCAGCCCAGGUUGCAGGUUUAAAUUGUUUAAGGUUGAUGAAUGAAACUACUGCAGUUGCGCUAGCAUAUGGAAUUUAUAAACAGGAUCUUCCGCCAUUAGAUGAGAAACCAAGAAAUGUAAUAUUUAUUGAUAUGGGACAUUCUGCCUACCAGGUCUCAGUUUGUGCUUUUAACAAAGGAAAACUUAAAGUCUUGGCUACCACCUUUGAUCCAUAUUUGGGUGGCAGGAACUUUGAUGAGGCUUUAGUAGACUACUUCUGUGAGGAGUUCAAGACCAAAUAUAAGAUAAAUGUGAAAGAAAAUUCUCGGGCCUUACUGCGCUUAUAUCAGGAAUGUGAAAAACUGAAGAAGCUAAUGAGUGCAAAUGCAUCAGAUCUUCCACUGAACAUCGAGUGUUUCAUGAAUGACCUUGAUGUUUCUAGUAAAAUGAACAGGGCUCAGUUUGAACAAUUAUGUGCUUCCCUCUUCACCAGGGUUGAGCCACCAUUAAAAGCAGUAAUGGAACAAGCUAACUUGCAACGUGAAGACAUAAGUAGUAUAGAAAUUGUAGGGGGAGCAACACGAAUUCCUGCAGUGAAAGAACAAAUCACUAAGUUCUUUCUUAAAGACAUAAGUACCACAUUAAAUGCUGAUGAAGCUGUUGCAAGAGGAUGUGCAUUACAGUGUGCGAUUCUCUCACCAGCAUUUAAAGUGCGUGAAUUUUCUAUAACAGACCUUGUUCCCUAUUCAAUCACAUUAAGAUGGAAGACCUCUUUUGAAGAUGGAACUGGGGAAUGUGAAGUAUUCUGUAAGAACCAUCCUGCUCCAUUCUCAAAAGUCAUUACCUUCCACAAGAGGGAACCAUUUGAACUAGAAGCAUUUUAUACUAAUUUACAUGAAGUGCCUUAUCCUGAUCCAAGAAUUGGGAGCUUCACUAUUCAGAAUGUAUUUCCACAGUCUGAUGGUGAUAGUUCAAAAGUGAAGGUUAAAGUUCGUGUUAACAUCCAUGGAAUCUUCAGUGUGGCCAGUGCAUCAGUAAUUGAGAAGCAAAAUGUAGAAGGUGAUCACAGUGAUGCUCCUAUGGAGACCGAAGCUUCAUUUAAGAAUGAAAGCAAAGAUGACGUGGAUAAAAUGCAAGUUGACCAAGAAGAAGGAGGACAUCAAAAAUGCCAUGCUGAACACACCCCAGAAGAGGAAAUUGAUCAUACAGGAACCAAAACAAAAUCAGCUCCCUCAGACAAACAAGACCGAUUAAACCAGACCAUUAAAAAAGGAAAAGUCAAGAGUAUUGAUCUACCUAUUCAGAGUAGCCUGUGCAGACAAUUGGGCCAAGAUCUUCUCAACAGCUACAUUGAAAAUGAGGGGAAGAUGAUAAUGCAAGAUAAAUUAGAGAAAGAAAGAAAUGAUGCUAAGAAUGCUGUUGAAGAAUACGUGUAUGAUUUUAGAGACAAGCUGGGCACUGUCUAUGAAAAAUUCAUCACUCAAGAAGACUUGAAUAAACUGUCUGCAAUAUUGGAAGAUACAGAAAAUUGGCUUUAUGAAGAAGGAGAAGACCAACCUAAACAAAUUUAUGUGGAUAAGCUUCAAGAACUAAAGAAAUAUGGCCAGCCUAUUCAGAUGAGGUACAUGGAACAUGAAGAGAGACCAAAAGCUUUAAACGACUUGGGAAAAAAGAUUCAACUUGUUAUGAAAGUGAUAGAAGCAUACAGAAACAAGGAUGAAAGAUAUGAUCAUUUGGAUCCUGCUGAAGUGGAAAAAGUUGAAAAAUAUAUUAGUGAAGCUAUGAGUUGGUUAAAUAGUAAGAUGAAUGCACAGAACAAAUUAAGUCUCACUCAAGAUCCUGUGGUGAAAGUCUCCGAAAUAGUUGCAAAGUCCAAGGAACUGGACAGUUUUUGUAACCCCAUCAUUUACAAGCCCAAACCAAAAGUAGAGGUUCCUGAAGACAAAGCAAAAGCUAAUAGUGAACACAAUGGACCAAUGGAUGGACAGAGUGGGACUGAAACUAAACCAGAUACAACAAAAGACAGCUCCCAGCAUACUAAAUCUUCUGGAGAGAUGGAAGUGGACUAAGUCUUAAUUUCAUCUUCACGUAAAGACAGUGCAAGCAACCACCGAGGUCCAUUCUUCCUUUUACAUGUGGUACACACAACAUAUGUUCAGUUGUUCUUAACCACUUUUUGUCAUUUGUUUUUUGGAGUAGUUUUCAAAAGUGUUUUUUAUUGAGUGCACUUCUGUUCAUUUUCAUUGCUGCUUAUGUGAAGCUUUAGCUGAGUAUAGAUUUACAAGUCAGUUUAAGCUUUCCUAAUAUAUGUUAUCUCAAACAUGCGAGACUGAUAUAUAGUUGGCAACAAUCUACCUUAUUUAAAGCUUCUACUUGGAUAAACCUCAGCUCCUGUAUUCAGGAGAUGAUACUGUUUUGCACUAUUGCAGAAGCAUAGAUUUAAUUGCAUCAUCAUUUUGAAGAACAUUGAAAUUGAUGUGGUUUAGAGCCACUGAGGCACUGACUUUUUUCUCGUUAUUGUAGUUAUAAUUUAAAUAUUAAAACAUAAUUUUUCUGGUGUGCCAUGAGAACUCCAAAGUGUUGUCAUCACAUAAAUGAACUAAAUCACAUGUUGAAAGGGAAACACACAAUUUUUAUGUUAAGGUGACACCAGCAGUUUGCAUCUUUUAUUAGUAAUGUGGAUUGAUGUUUCCUCAGAGUAAUUCAGUGUCAUUUUCACUUGGAACUUCUGAUCUACUUGUCCUGAAGACCAGCUGCUGCUAACGUAAUACUAGUCUAAAGAUAAAAAAGCAUUUUUGAUGAAAAUACCUUCAUGUUAAGGCGCAAAUGCUGUUGACCAACUCAGACAUUCAUCUGUGAUGUUGAUAGCUUUGUUUCAGUUUUAAUAGUUGUUUUGGUUUUCUUAAUUGAUUUUGUUAAUAUCUGAACACAGCGUUGGGAGAAAUGGCACAAUGUAUUACAUUAUAGACAUUUAUCACUGAUUUACGUAAUAUUAAGAAAUAGAUAAACACUAUUAAAUAAGCGGUAAUACUUGAAAAGUACUUAUACCAUAAGUCUUAGGAAAUAAUGCUUGUAAUAAACUUAACUAUGUUACACAUAUCAACAGGCAAAAUAUAGAAUGUUACAUAAGUGUAAUAUGUGAUUAAAUUAUAGUUCCUGCUGUUACAUUAUCUAUUCAGAUCUUGGCUCCAGUCUUGGUGCUUCUUCUAUAUAUCAUAUGGGACAAGGGACUGUGAAAUUACGAUAUUUUAAGACUCAAUUAGUGCUUCAUCACCAGACUUUUUCACGUUGUUCAGUUCUGUCCAGAGGCUUGAAACCAUUUAAGUGUGGGAGCAGUAUGAGAUGACUUUUCAAACCUACGAGAUGCAUAGACCAUGCAUGGGCACUUGUGUUUCAUGCCAAUCAACUAGAUUAAUGACCUAAGGUAAAGUUUUGAAAGGCUCACUUUUUCCCAAAGCUAAACCUUUAUAUUAAGAAGAAUUAAUAAUGACUUUUUCUUACAUAGUAAAAAUUGAGAGUUUAAUAUCUUUAGGGAUAGUCCUCAUUUCUCACAAGUAGUUCUCUUAAGAGAGAUUUUGUUUCUACAAUGUAGUCUGCACUGAAAGGGGAGCAUAUGGAGCAGUGCAUUUUGCAGGGAUUUUUAUUCAUCCUUUUGAGGGAGAUGUCCCAUUUUUGCAUUAAAAGAAUCAUAUAGACCCAAUAUAUUUUUAAUGUCUUCUAGUCUUUAAACUUAUCCUUUGUCUUAAUACUCUUAAAGUGAACUAAUUAAAUAUCCACUAAUAGUUACUUUCUUUUUAAAGCAUCAGUUACUUUUCAUUUAUAGGUGGAAUAUAUAGGUUCAUUUCAGGAACAGUAUCAAAGUUAUGAAGAAGUAUUUCUACAGUACACAUUAGGGAAUUCAUAGCUUUUUCUUGAGUUAACAAAUAAAUCUCCACCCACUUUGCUAAGAGCUAUAUAGCUCCCAAACUUGUAAACAAAUGUGGAAAUAACCCUUUCUGCAUCUGAAUUAUCUAAUAUAUCUGACAUCUUCCAUUUCUUCUUAAAUCGGUUUAUGUAGUUGUGUUUUAGUCAGAUACAUAAUGUUCCAAUUCUUGCAUUAUAGUACACUUCACCUGAUAAGUUAAAUCCAUCCAAAGAUAAGAUGUAUGCUUUCCUACUCAUCCAGCUUAAAUAUUUUCAGAAGCUGUGUAUGAUUUAUCAAAUAUGUUAAUAAGGAAAAAUAUGUUCUCCUUAAUAGUUUUGGGUAGAAGGUAUGGCUCAGUUUAAUCUGCACAAAAACAUAUGCAAUACUAGACCAAAAAUUUUUUUUUUCAAAAUAAAAAGCCACUAUUUUAGAAGUUAUUUAGAAAAGACAGAAAAUUAGAAUGUUUUCCUAUAAUCAAGUAUGAAGUAAGUGUGUAGAAAACAGAAUGAUUCAAAUAUACUUUCACUCUGUGAAAAAGUAUAAAUCACUUGGUUUCAGAAUCCACCUCUGAUAGCCAAUUGUGAUUAUAAAAACAAAAGACUGCUUACAUAACAAAGUUGGUGAUGCUUUAAUUCCUUUAACAGUAUAGAGAAUUAUUAAGUUUAAAACAACUAGAAACAGCAAACCAAAGAAUUGGGCUUUUGGAAUAAACAGAUAAUCUCAGUCUAAAAGAGUGUAAUUAAUUAGACUUUUCUUAGGAAAUAAAGAUUUCUCAGAGUUUCUUGGCUUAUGAUUAUUUUCUAGAUAGCUAUAUUAAAGUGAAUUUGGGGCUCAAUUUUUAAUAUAUUAAAAUAUUGUGUCCAAGUUAGCACAUCUUGAACUGUUUUGAAAAGUUAUCAAGACAAUGGGCUUUCAAAUACAGUGAUCAAAUUAGCUGACUUCAGUUUGACCCAACCUCUGUAUUCAUAAAUUUGAGUUGUAAUAAACCUAUAAGAAUUCCCAUUAGGAUUUUUUUUUUGUUUGUUUUUAAUAGCUGAUAUUUGGUUGAAACCUUGGCAUUGAUCUUAAGUAUCAUAGAAGUGAUUCUUAAGUGACAAGACAAAUAUAACUUCACCUUUCUCACCUUUUAGAAUUUUACAACCAAAUACUUAAAAUUCUAAAUUAAUAUUUUGUGGUCAGACUUUGAAAGUUUGAAAUGGAAUUUGGCCUUGUGAUAUCUGAUUCUAUAAAAUUAAUGACAGACAUUAUUAAUUGUAUCAGUAUUUAAUAUCUGAUGGCACUGAUUAAAGUUCUAUAUCAUAGGUAUUUAGGGAUGCUUAAAAUGUGAUUCUAAUAUGUCCUUACUUUACAAUGUUUUAUUAACUACCAUUUAGCAAACUAAUCUUCUUAAAGCCAUCAAUUUCAGAAGACAGACUUUUUGAUCAAAAAAGAAAAGCAGGUUUAAAAUUACUUUUUCUCAAGGUUUUACCAAUUUAAAAGUUUCCAGGAAGCACAUAAUCUUUUCUUUCAAUAAAAAAGUACCAGAAAUUAAUAAUACAAAGACCAAACUCUUAACUAGAACAAAAAAACUUCUGCUAUUUGGCUUUCACAUCUGUAAUUUUAAAUGCACUAAUUAAUGUUCUUCCAUAUACUCCUGUGUUUCCUAAAAAACAGUCUUGGGUUUAUACUACAGCCAGAUGUUCUAAGUUUUUUUCUUGCUGAUUCAAGGGUAUUUGCUUCACACCUUAAAGGGCACCUGGAAUUGUUUUUUAGAAUGUUAAAAUGAAGCAACUUCAGAAGAAGAAAACUUAAACGUCUGUGGCACAGUGGUCAGUACCUAUUAGGUGAUAAUGGGUCUUCCAUCUUCCAGAUCCCUAAGGCUACCUCUAGCAUAUUGUUAGAGUAAGUAUUAAAAGAAAAAGUAUGUCUAUUAAAAUACAUUAUUAAAGACUUGGAAUGUUCAAAUCAAAAAAAUUGAAUCAUGAACAUUUGAUUCAGUCCGUCAAGCAGGUCGAAAUCCAUAACCAUAACAAAAAUUAAUAGUAUAAUCUUUGCUUUGGAAUAUUUUACUGUCCUAAGCUAUAGGAUGAUUAUUAAGGAAGUAUAUAGAAAAUCUAAAAAUGACCCAUCCUGUACAAAGAUAAGGGAAAUUCAACUAAAACUGGAAAUGACCCUAUUCUUUCUGAUGCAUCUAGAUUUAUUUAUUCUCUCAUCCAGCUUUAGGCUCUUAAAUAAUCCUAGUUUUCUCCAUCAUAUUUUGGAUUUUUUUAUUCUUUACGUCUUUCAUUUUGCGGAUUUGUAAAAAUAAUUACACUGCUAUCCUAUCACUUUGAUAGCUAAUUUCAUUACCUUUAUCCCCUUCUGAAUACCAAAUCUUACAGUGAAGAAUUUUUGGACUCUUAAAUUCAUACCUGGAAAGCCGUGUUAAGUUUCCUUAUGUAGUAUCUCUAAAAUCUAAUAAUGGCUUCUAGAUUCUUUUGUAUUAUUGCCUUAGAAUAUUUUUAAGUAGUUCUAGACGAAAAAAGGUCAGUUUUGUGAAUUAUUAUGUAUGAAGAAACCCAAAAUUCCUUAUUUUUAAUAUAAAUAUCACUGUGACAAAAUAAGGGUCAAAAAUUCAAAAAUAGUUGUUAAAGGGUUAGCAACCUUCCAUUGUUUGUUGCUUUCUGAUUUACAUACAUGUGCUGUGCAUUUUCCUUGUUGUUUUUUUUUUUUUUAGAAUUUCCUAAAUUCUGUGCUUCCAAGACCUUGAGUCAAAAUGCUUUUGAAAUCAUAUGGAUCCAUCCAGAAUAAGGUGUUAAAAUGUCAUUAGAGGGUAGGGAAAUCUAGGAAAUGCUUUAAAGUGCUGUAUUAUUUUCCCUGAAGUAAAAUUCUAUGGCUUAAUGUCUUGGAAGGAGACUCACAUUAAAAGUGGUUACCUUUUAUACUUGGUAGGAUGAAGCCAUUGUUUAAUACUACAGUAUAUAAAAACAGUUUUUUAAUGAAAUUAUCAAAUUGUUUUACUUCUAACAAUAUGGCAUCCAAGUCAUUUUUUCUUUUCUUCAACUAUUAUUAAAAUAAUUUCUAUGGUGACUGUGACUCUAGUCAUUAGUGUACAACAAUUUCUGGUGAUUCAGUUCUUACUAGCUAAUAAUUUUGUUUUUUACGAAAACUACUACAUUAAUUUCCAAGUUUAUUUUCAGUACAAAGAGUAACAGUGCAAUGCAGAAACCAUAACCAAGUGUGAUGUGUCUAUAAAAAUAAUCAACUGAUUUUUGCAUGUAACAGACCCUCCGUUUCAAUGAGCCAACCUGAGAAUGGUUUUGUGAUGUUACACUGGUAACAUUCUAGGAAUAUAUAUUUGGUAUAUGAAUAUAUAUGAAUUUGAUUCACAAACAUCCAUAAUAAUGUUUUACAGAUGGCAGGAUCAAAGUAUAUAAAAUACUUGCUGUGUAUGUAAGUUGGCAUCUUCAUACUAGUGAACAAAUAGCAAUUGAUAAUAAAUGCAAUUCAUUUUUGGAUGACAGUGCACCUUGUCAAGUCAUGUAAUUAUAAUAAAUACAUUUACUUGCUCCUUGAA